AUGACCCUGCUUGCCCAGAAGGCCGCCGGCGUCACCAUACAGGAGGCCGAGACCGACGGACUGGAGGAGUAUCUAGUCUACUUCCGGGAUAAUAACUUCAAUGUAUUCUACCACGCCGGGAUUGCUCUAGUCCUGCUGUACGUCAUGCUUGGCACUCUUGUUAGUACGAUUGCUCUGGUAACGCGAUUUCUGGGCCACCAUCGACAGAAGAUCAUUUAGGUAAGUGUCGUCUGUGUGAGUUUUUCGUUGUUCGUUUCUUGCUAUAUGCUUGCCUUCAAAAAUGUUCACCUCGUUCUCACCUCGUCGCGUCCCGCCAUCCAAAAGGGACACAUGUCACAUAUAAUGCAGAGAGUGUUCGUUAAGGUACAGAGGACGGAAUAGGAUCGAGCAAGAUUCGAAACACAGCAAGUGACGUUCACACGUCUACUUGAUUAGUUUGUAUGCCCCACUUCAGAGGGCACAAAGCAGGCGUACUGACGACCGUGAAACAGUUGUCUGCGCCUGGCGUGUUAGCAUCCUAACGAAUUAUAUAUGAAUUAUAUGUGGCAUGUGUUCUCUGGGACAAUGUUUGUUAUUGUCGACUGCCCAAUGGCGGACGGCCUGAAUGGGAUCGAACAAGAUUCGAAUCGCAAAAAGUGAAGAUUAUGAACCUAGUUAUAUGUACAUAUAGUAUGGGUCGGUGUGCGCCUAUUCCUGAAUGAAUGAAUAUAUGUAUAUAUAGUGGUGGAGGGGUGUUAACCGAUUGUUCUUUGCGGAACUCACUCGUUCCGUCGUGCCUUACGGGCUCUCUCUCUCGAGCCCAACCAGCAGCAACACAGCGGCGCAUCAUAUAUAUAUAUAUAUAUAUGUAUAUACUGGUUACAUGGCACGCCAUACUUAACGGCACAGGUGUUAGCUAUAUAUACCUGCAUAUGCAUAUGUAUAUAUACACAUAUUUAAGCAGGAAUAAGCGCACACUGAUCUAUUGAACUAUCGAAGCAAACAAGCUCCGUAGGAGUGACAAAAGUCACCAACAGGCGACCAACUACCAGCCCGAAGUCGGCCAAAUUAUAAUAACAUAGGAGGGGAGGGGGAGGGGUAGAAUAAGCCCGCAACAGACUUCUCGAAUUCUCUCCCGUCCCCACUCUCUGCACAUAUAUAUGUGCGACUCGGAAGCAGGCAAGCAGGGCAGGAUUUAAUGGUACCCAAACAUUUUCGCUACGGCUCGUGAGCUGUGCCCUGUCGCUUCAUUACAUUGCCAACGAGCGGGAAGAAUACAACAGGUUUGAAUUCGUGCAGAAAAUCAAUGCAGAAACAACAAGGUUAUGGUUUUGGGCAAAGCCGGCUAAUCGAUAAAAUCAGUACGUCAAACACAGAAUGGGAAGGAUAGUGGGAAAAAGCGGUAACGAGCAAAAAGAAAGGGGAAGUGAAAAUCAUGGAUCUAAAGACUACCAUGGCAAGGUUAGACUAACCACGUGUCCUAACUGUUCAAAAAGAUCUGGUUUCAUCCGCCAUAUAUAGGCCGCCUCCAGAUAACUUAACAUCCGAGUUGUUCGUGCCUGAACUAGUACUCGGAAGGACGUUUCAGGGUCGACGGUGUGACCACUGUCAAGCAGGUGUUUUGUAAUGGAGGAACGCGGGAUUUUAUUUUCUUGCAUUAGGAGCCAUCUGGGCAGGUGCUCAAUAGACCUGGCUGCCACAAUUUACAGAACAUUCAGUUCCGAAAAAACCCGUCUUUAUAUCCUUGUCAUUUUUAGGGGCGACUAUACUUUAAAUGCUAUAAAAUUAUCAUAUGCAAUUUUGGCGUCUGCGUUGGGGAGGGGGGACCAGGUCAUGUAUGUGGCGCGAGCAGACUGACUCUCUAACUCCAGUCAGAAACUGUAUCCACUCCCCGCAGCAGAAAUCUGUCCGACUUAGACAGUAGAAUGGUGUCUGGGAGCGGGGAGAGAGAGAGAACGAGGUCAACGGUCUCAGCACCUACAGUGAGAGACCGAUCUCAUGAAAUUUUGACCGAAAUUCUGAAAUGCGUUUUCGAUUAGUAAGGAUUACUUAGGUGGGGUUGCAAUAUUGAUUAUCAUGCGACGUAAAUCUAUGAUAUUUCGGACCCGCCAGGAUGUCGGCUUCUGAAUAUACUCAUAUACGAAUCCUCGCUGAAACCACACUCGGUAAAAAAAGGAUUACUUAAAUAGCAUGCGUUUUUCAGGUUGAUUUCUGGUGGUCUUAUAAAUUCAAAUAUAUUUUACAGAAAUCGUGCAUAAAAUAUGCUUUCUUUUACUUGUUUUGUAGAAAAUUACAUUCUCUACACAUUUUAUGCAUGAAAACGGAUAUAUUUUAGUUUUUUUAAAGUUUCUAAUUAUGAGUUUUUUAAGACCGUGCAAUGUCCAUGCAUACAGCAUCGCACAUGUACUUUUACCAAUGCAACUCAAGAAAUGUACGACAUAGCCCGCACCCGCUGCAAAAUUUUAUGAACUCCAUAUGAUAUUUUCUUAAAGGCAUAGAAGAAUAUAUGAUUUUCCUUACGCGGAAGGCACACACCUCGUACGCUGAAAUUGCUAAAAGCUAGUGCAACGGCUAAUCAAGCUCGAAACAAUUCAUGAAUUGGGAAACUUUUUAAAGACCUAAACAUACACUUUUUGGGUAUAAAAUGUGAAGGCAAUGGGGUUUUCUACCAAACGAGACCAUCGAAAAUCACUGUAAAACGCGUGCUACUUAAGUAGUCAUUUUUUACCGAGUUUGGUCUCUGACGGAGGUCGAGAAGAAGUGCAUUCAAAAGCCGACAUCCUGGCGAGUCCAAAAUGUUAUAGGGUUAUGCUGCAUGGUAAUCAGUAUAACAACCCCACUUAAGUAAUUCUUCCUAAUCGGAAACGCAUUCCAGAAUUUUGGCCGACAUUUCAUGAGAUCGAUCACGCACUGUACUCCUAACUAUAAACAAUCUGACGCGCUUGAAGCUAUCACAGUGCGCUUAAAUCCGUAGCUUGGGAUUUUGCCAUCCGGGGGGAUAGCCUGGGCAUUGCAAUCAAUCCAGUGCGUGUGCUUGUGUGAAGUAGCUGACUGUUAGAAUGAGAGUCAGGCUGCAAUGGUUCUUCUUUAAUGCGGCCACUAUGGCACUCCCAAUCUGUGGGCUCCGAGUCGGUGUGGUGAUAUGCGCCAAAAUACGGCUUUUGGUAGUGUCAGCCACUUGCGCCCCUGGUGACCCCGACGUGAUCGAAGCCCAACCCCAGAAGUGACUGAACUCAACCUUCACAAGAUUCCCACUAAUUUGUCGCGACUAAGCGGUCUUCUUGACUUGGUCAUGACACCUGGUCCAGGUGGGGGAGGAGAACAGAGUGACAUAGAUGCAUCGAAAGUCUAUCUUCACUAUAGAAGAAAACCGUGCGCAAGUCACCGUCCCUGCUCCUACCCUGCUGUGAAGCACACAGUGGACAUAGUCGGGUGCAACGGCGAAACUCAUGAGACAUGCCGUACUUCUCGAAAGCAGUCUUGUGACCCGAAAACUGCGCCUAUAUCAAUGCUUAAAACGCACAAUUAAGGGAUGAACGACUUUAAGAAAAAAGAAAACAUCAACAGGCAUUCAUAGAUAUUUUUAGUCCCAAGGAAAAAAACGACGUUUUGGCGAAAGUAGGAACACGAGCAAGAUUUACGCUGACGUAGAACGAUUACACUUAAUUUGUAUCAGUAAAAAGGACAUAUGCAUGCAAACAAGUCGAUAAAUAAAUCGGGAUUCGUGCGGCACAGAGAGCAUGCUUUACUUCAAGAAUAUGCACAACAUUCAAUAUGGCAACCAGUCCGCAGCCUUCUGGCGGGCAUUGUUCAAAUAGAUAAAUAUAUACAUGCUUGAAGAAAUGCUGCCUCAGUGUGAAUUUGAGGCAAGUAUACGCAGCAGAAUUUGUCGGAACCAACAAGUUUCACGAAAGACCUUCAACCAAUCGGAAACCGAGUCAAAUGCAUCGACCAAUGGACGGCCUUUGACUGAACGUAGAUACAAACGAAGUACCGAAAGUAAUAUAACAUUAGCCAGAACUAACACUUAUCUGAGGAUAAGCUGAGAUGCGGAAGUUCAAGUAUCUAUAAAGCAUUGAACAAGGACGGUAGGUGAUUUAACUCGUGAAAUAUCGUCACAUUUGCAAAAAAACCCUGCGGUUUAUAAUCCGCCCAGAUGUUUGCAGCACUGAGAAUAUGACCCUUCUUAGAAAAAAAGCGAAAUUUUGUUGAUAAAAUAUUAUUUACUGGAAUUUAGAAUUCUCCAAAUGUUUCCAGCUUUUUUAGUAAAAUAGCUUUGAAACAAGGCCGUAUUCCAAAAAAAUCACCUCGGCCACAAGCAAAUUUAGCGAGCAAGACACAACAGUCUGGGUGCUGCCAUUGGUCCUUCACUUUUCGGACGGAAGAUUUCGCGACUUGCAUCCCCUACUACAUAUAUACAGUACCUGUGCUAACUCAUGAAAUGUCACGAAUUAACACAGGUUAACGACUUUAACGCAAAAUCGGUAUAUAUGCUGGAAGUGUGUUCGCCGAUCGAAUUACAGCAGAGCCUUGUCUCUUUAUAUCACGAGACGCAGUAUAGAGCUCCGCAGGCAGAAUAAUGUUGCUGACAAAGACAAGAGUGCAGGGGCCAUUUCUGGCUUGUCAGCCACCGUCAGCCGGCCCUACCCAGGCUCAGGCUGACUGGCGACAGAUAAUGAGCCAGAAAUGACCAUUCCUUGUUUUUGUCCAUACUAUCCAAUUGCAUAUAUCAAUAUUCGGUUAGAUCGCAGUUGGUAGCCAGAAAUGGGGAGGCGGACAACCAGGUCCCUGUCGUACGGGAAUGGUGGGAAAAAGGGGUUAUAUGGGUGGGGUAAGUGGAAGGGCUGGUAGAAGAAUUCUGGAGUUUCUGGGUAAAAGUAAAGUUACCAGUGAAACUGCUGGGAAGUUUUAAGUAGGUCGAACAGUGGCAGAAAUUCAAACCCCACGCUCAACCCUAAAAUCAAACCCCGAGCGCAACCGUAAAGCAUAAACCUAAGCCUCAAAAGCGAAACGUUACCAGAAUCCUUAAACCCAACGUUAACCUAAAACCUAGCCAUAACCCUACCCAUAACCUUCAUCCAAACUCUAAGCUUAACCCUAACCCUACCCUCAAGCCUAGCACUAACCUUAAGUCUAACCCUAACCCUAACAUUAGCCCUAACCCUAAUCUUUACCUUAACGAUAAUCCUAACGGGAACCUAAGCCCUAACCCUAGCACCGAAACCUGAUCCUAAAACGCAAACCCUAAUCCUAAAACAUAACCUACGCCUUACCCUAACCCUCACCAAACCCAACAGCCUGACCGAAACGGGCGACCUGCCUAACUCAGUAAGAGCACACCUACUACAUUGAAUACCAAGCCACAACGGGAUGAGGAGGCCCCAAUAAUCCGAUCGGUAACGCAUUUCCAAAACAAUUAAUAUGCCCGAUCGCAACCGAGAGAAUAACUGUCCCGUGACUCACUUGUUAGAGCGUUGGACUUUAUAACGCUCGACGACUGAAGAACGCAGGCUUGAGGCUCAAAUGCAGCAAGCCGGGGGUGGGUAUCUCAGUCUCCUUUUCCGUUGUCGAGACUCAUUUCAGCAUGUAUUUCUGGCCGAUAUACGACUGCUUGCAAGGAUUACACAUUGGCCCCCCAGGCAAGACGGGAUAAACGUGUCCCGCCACUCGAUCGAUGAGCGAAUUUUCAACAUGAAAAAUAUAGAUGAACAAAAUGCUUGGAUUUUGGAAACGCCGAACGAGAUCUUUGACAAUUCGCUCCAAUAAUAAUGAGUACAUACUAUGGCAGAUUUUGAAUAAUUCAUUUUGACCCAUCUGUGAGAAACUCGAUGACCUUGGCGGGAUUCGAACCCACGUCAGUGUAAUAGAUAUGCAUCACAUUGUAAGCUUUUAAGUAGCAUGACCAAUCUGCUGACAUUGUAUUACACGGUUACUCCCAUGAACGAUCUACGAGUUGGAACACCUGACCUCACUUUAGCCGGUCAGUAGGGGCUUCUGGGCAUGCUACAUUCUAGUCUGCGGUGCUAGCUAUAUAUACCUACCCUGCAUGCUCGAGAGAGAGAGAGCCCGUAAGGCACAACGGAACGAGUGAGUUCCGUAUGAACGAUCGAUGAGCGCCCCCUACCAUUAUACCUACAUAUAUAUAUAUAUGCAGAAUGGCAUUACCGACAAAGACAAGGGAGACUGAAAUGGCUAUUUCUGGCUUAUUAGCCGUCGUCAGCCAGCCAUACCCAAGCCCGAAGUGUGCAACACCCGAGCCUCGAACUCGCGACCUGUUGGUUUAGAAGUCCACGCCUCUACCCACCGGGCUACGAGCCCGUUGCCUUGUUGCCCCCAUUUAUAUAUAUUUAAGCAGGAAAAAGUACAAAAGUUGGCAGUCCAGUUGCCUCCCCUGCUGCUCAGCCUUCCCCGAAAGAUUGGGACCAUACUUCAGUCGGAUAAAAUCCAUCUUGUUUGAAAGAGGGCACGACGAGUAUGCAGGAGACGAAGUUUUGGAGUGCUCGUCGCCUUCCGGUGGUAUUGCGAUUCCGCCCUCCCCCCUGCCACCUCGUGAAACUCGACUGCCCGCCCAUCCAAGCGAUUAGUCCUUCCUUGGUGCAUAUCUCAUGAGUAAGCUCGAUCCGAUGAUAGAGCCCGAGCCCGACCUUGACUAUGAAGACUUGAUAGCAAGCUUAAGGACUCCACCAUGACGAUAGUGUCUACUGUGCGCUCCCAAUUUUUUUUACUCCAAGAAAAUCUAUGUGGGCGAUUCCUAUUGCUGGGGCUACUCGAAAAACCAUCAAGUCGACAUUAUGUGAAUGAGUUUCCGAUAGUAGGUAGGUCUCGCCAAAUUCUGUCCCUUGGCCCAAAACUGGCAUCCCGAAUGGAUAAUCUUUGACACUGUCAACUUUUACUGCUUUUGAGGUAUUACAAUAAAUUGGGUGCGCAUAGCAUUUCUUUCCUCCUUUUCAUCGAGACGCUCGGCCGUGUUGCCAUAGGGACACGGGACAAUAAACUUUUCUUUCCCAGGCGAACGAGUUAGUCCUCAGAGUACUUCUAUAACGACGAAUUUAUUGCAAAAAUCACGUGUACUUAAAAUGCCUGAGUAGGUUGUUUUUGUUAAAACUAAUCCAAACCAGCUUCGAUGGACGCAAAAAAUUCGCUUUGGAAUAAUUUCUGGGGGCUAAACUACAGCACGAUUUAUAAACUGAAAACUUAUACUAGAGUUUGCAAGUCACCACAAGGAUUAUACGUUCCCUCCCUCUUAUUUAAGACGCGCGUUAUGUAAAAAGAAUCCCAGGCAUUAGAAAGAGGCUAACUAACGAUCCAAAAAAUCCUGAGCUGUCUGCACCGCCUAGGGGACUGUGGCAAUGCGAUUCUAACUCAGUCGUAGAGGGUGUGCUCACAAGUAAGUAUUUGACACGUUAUUUAACACAGCUGUGGACAUUCGGCACACGAGACGCUAUUCACUAUAAUUUCCACAGAAAAGUCUUCAAACUAGACGUAAACCUCUCCUGAAAAGGGGCAAAAUGAGUAGUGAAUGUUCGUGCGACCGACAAGAGUUUUUCUGUGACCCAGAGGCCAGAACAGCCAGCGCGAAGUUGCGUGAUCAGGGGUUCUAUUCCGUGCCGGAAAAUGCUGUUUCUGACUGAGUGACUUUUAUGCGUCCGCAGUCUGUACUGGCAGAAAUUAUUUUGUGUUCUAGGCUUCUUGUUCAUUUUCAUCAAUUAGGAGCUCAUGCAGGAUCGCAGACACGGAAGCAAAGAGCUCGCCUCCCGGUUUACAGUUUUUGAACUAAAUCACCACCCGUCCUUCCGCCAAUUGUGCGUUGUCAAGGCAACUGUGUCUUCGAUUUGAGCCCAUUCGGCUGUUUUCAUGGGUUGGACACGGGUGUACGAACACCCUCAGCACUAGAGGCGAGCUCUUUUUAAAUUUUACGGGCGUUCCUGUCCUCGUAUCCCAACCUCAACCCUGAUCCUAACCCCAACAGUAACCCUCCUAAAUCCUGUUGCUUUUUAAUUUCCUCAGAAAUAAACUGCUAACUUGGAGCAAAUCAGUUCGAACUAAGGUCUGCAGGCGUUGACCGAAAUUUAUUGUAUGAAUACGUGGGCCGAUGUCCAUCAGCCACAGUGGGAUAGCCGUGUAAUACCUAUUAACUGCCGACAGGCAGUUAGUAGUAUAUAUUGGGUUGCAGGAUACCAUUCUAACAGCACGGUUAUUCGCUCUGACUGAUGGACAUCGGCUCAAGUAUUCACGCAUUAAAUUUCGGUCUACGCCUAUAGAUCUUAGUUCGAACUGAUCUACUCCAAUUUGACAGUUAAUUUCUGAAGAAAUUAAAAGGCAACAAUUUGUAAACUGGGGUGGCCACAAGCAAGUACAUGGGGAAUGCUUGGGGGACCCAUUGAUGAACCGAGCCCCCCGCAGCCACACCAUACAGCGGCAGCAUGUCAGCGAAACACGCGUGUCUGGGUUUUUCGCUAGUACCUGUGCUCCUAACAUGGUAUCCUGCAACCCAUUACCUCCUAAAUCUAACCAUAACGCUGAUUCGAGCAUUCUCAAACCUAAAACUAAAGUAUAGCCUGACUCUAACCCUCCCUGGGAAAGGCCACCUGCGACGCAGAGGUCCACGCCCUCGUACACAACUCUGUCAUGGCAGUGGCCGUAUACUCGGGUGCGUUUACGAAGAUUACGCUCCAGCUUCCAGAUGGUGCUUAGGGCACGGAAGACGGGAAAUUUACCCUAAAAUAACUUCACUUUUUUAUAAACCACCCAGAGGUGUUCUUUUGUCGCCAUUCACAGAUGCCGGUGAGCGGUGGCGACUGCAAGACCGGAGUUGCAAAGCGUGGGGCUAGAAGGAUCUGGACUUUAUGACCUGAGGGCAGUCAGAUAGGGGCGUAUUUAUCGAUCGGCCCCGCCCUUUUUGACAAGCAGAACAGCCUGGGUGAAAGUAGCCUGUGCUCAGUCCAGUCUGCACAGGCUGAACAAGGCGAGAAUUUCGCCAAUACGGGCCUAUUUUUUAGCUUAGCAGGCGCGCCAUGACCCCUGAGGCAGGUUACGCCAGCUGCACUGCGGUGAGCGGUCAUCAGCGUCAUCGUAAGCAGUUUACGCGCAUGCUGCUAUAAACAAGGGCAUAGGUGAGCAUCAGCAGAGUACUCAACAAUCAGGUGCUGUCGUCCUCCUUCUGCGAUCUCCAACCAUCGCCGCCGCCUCCAAUCAUUCUCCUCUGAGCUUCCCCAUAUAAGUCUAAGGACUUGGAGUGGAGGACUAAGUUUCCUCUCGACGACAACAUGGCUGCUCUCGGCGUCUGGUGCUGCAUCCUUGCACUCACCUCAGUCUCCGCUUUGAGUCUGAACGAGGGACUACAGGACCCAAAGAAGUACAUCUUCUACGAUCAGCAACCCUUCAGCGUGGGUCUACAGGCCGGGGUUACGUGUAUCUGUGUCUACGGCAUCCUGCUGACAUUUGUGACAAUGCUGGCUCUGAUGGCUCGACACCUACUUCGGGUGGGCAUUGUCGUCAAGAGGAUUGAGUGA